ACCAACACAUUAUAGACAAACUUCGAAUCAUGAUUAUUUUAGACAAUUUAAAAGUCAACCUGAUAAAACAAAUCUGUCUAAACAUACACUGAAAUGUAUUUAUACACAUAAACUAACAUAGGAACUUCGUUAAAUAAGUGAUUUCUGUGCCUCAGUACAACUAUAUAUAUAUAUAUAUUAAUUGAAUAAUUGAAAUGUAUUUGUAUAUUCCAGUUUGUUGUAUAAAAAUUUAACAUUGAAUUAAACAUAACCAGUUGAAUAGAUAAAUAACAAAGUAAAAACAAAACAACUUCUAGUUUGAAUAAUAAGAAACCAAAGUAAUACAACAUAGUAAUAAACAAACAAAAAAUAUACCGCAAAGUUCAAAUUCAUAUUAAACAAUAAUAUUUUAUUCAAAAAAAAAGAGAAAAAAGCAAAACAGAAAAAAAAAACAAAAAAAAUAACUCUUAUGUCAACUUUCUUAUUAAAAUUUAAAUAUGUCCAUUAUUUUGUAUCAUUUAUUGAAUAUUCAAACUUCAAUUUCAUCAUUUUAUACAUUUGUUUUAAUUUUAUUAUUAAUUUGUAAUACCAUUCAACAAUUAAAUGAAUUCAAUCAUCAAAAUUUACCAAAAAAAUAUGCAAUUAUAACAACUGGCGGAUCACAUAAAUCGUAUAUUACACAAAAAUUAAAUAAUGAUUUAUAUAAUACAGAUUAUUCACGUAAAAUUAAUGUUAAAGUAAGUGAUAUAUUAACACGACAAGCUGAAGCUAUAGCCUCUUCACAAUUAUUAUUAUCAUCAUCAUCAUCUAAUAAUAAUAAAAAUAUUGAAUAUAAAAUCAAUAAAAAAUCAAAUUUAUCUAAUCAAUCCAAUUUAUUAAUUGAUUCUAAUCAAAGAGCUCAAAUUAUUGUUAAACCAUCUAAAAAUAAUAUAAAUAAAAAUUCAUUAAUUUUACCAUCAAAUAUUUUACAACAUUCUAUUAUUAAUGAUGAUCGUUCAUGGCCACCAGAACAUUCACAUGAAUUUGAAAAAGUUGAUAUACGUGUUUUAGGUGAACGUAUAGAUAGUAAAGCAUUACUUCAUUUACGUCCAAGUUCUACUAUUGAAUCAAUACGUAAAUUACGUCGAAUACUUGGAUCUGAUUUACAAAUUAAUUGGAUGUCUAUAGAAAAUCCAUUAAAUUCACAAAGUAAAAGUACACGUUCAACAUUAUUAUCAAAUAUUCCUAAACCUGAUAAUUAUUUAUUAAAUAUUAUAGAUGAAUUAAAUUUCACUGUUUUUCGUUCAAUAAAUAAUGAUGGUUUAAUUUAUCCACUUAAAAUGACUAUUGAUCAAGUAAAUAUAAUGAAAACUUGGUUAUUACAACGUGCAACAUGUACUAUGGAAUAUAUAUGGGAAGAUUUAGGACCAUUAUUUUGGCCUAGAUGGAUUAAACGUGGUGUUUGUGUGAAUACACAGUCUUGUUCUUGGCCACCUGGUAUGCGUUGUCGUUCAAGUGGUUCACGAUCAUUGAAAUUAUUAAGAUGGGUUUGUAAAAAUGAUUCAGGUAAAGAAGCAUCAAAUAGACGAAGAAGAGAGUUUCAAACAAACUAUUUAAAUCAACAUAAUAGGGAUACAAAUUCACAUCAAACAUAUGUAGAUGAACGUAGAUCAAAACGUGUAAGACGUUUAAUACGUAAAUUAAGUUUAACAGCUAAUGGUUAUCAUUGUGAAUGGAAUCGUCAUGAAUAUAUGGUUAGUGAUCAUUGUACAUGUGGAUGUGAACAAUCAUCAAUGAAUUCUAAUUGAGAAUAAAUAAAAGUAAUGAUAUAAUAAUAAAAAAGAAUCAUUUACUUUUCCUGAAGCUUUUUUAGAUUUUUUUCUCUUCAACAAGUUCAUUACAUAAUGCUUUUCUUUUUAUUUAUUUCUUAGUGGUUUUUUUUCUGAAGUUAUAUACAUAUGUAUGUGAAAUAGUUUUAGCCGGCUUUCUUGGUGUUUUUCUCUACUCAUUCUUCUCACUAUUAUUAUUAUUAACCAGUUAAAUUAACUUUUAGCUUAUGAAAUCCCUUUUGAAAUAUACAUCAUUCUUUUAGGAAAAAAAAAGAAAGAAAGAAAUCACUAUAUCUACCUCUUUACUGAACAAUAAACUAAAAUGUUGAAUGUUCAUUGAAUUUUUAUUUGCAUGCAUUUAAAAUUCCUUUCACUUAAUAUUACUAAACUAUAUAUUGAAUG